AAAUACAAUAAGAAUUAAGAAUCAGUAUAAAGAUAUUUAUAGAAAGAUAUUUUCAUUUAUAACAUUAUAUUGCAUCAUUCUCACUCGAUGAUUCUAAUCUGUUUUUUCACUAUUACUGUAUACAUUAUAUUUUUUAAACAUUUUUUCCUUGGCAACCCUUCUGGCAACCCUGCUUAUGAUCUCUAGAAUCUAUUAUUAUUUUAGUGCCAUCUCAAUAUUAGAAAUUCACAUAAAGUAAGACUGUAUACAGAUUGACUGUUUCGUAUAUGUAUUUGUAUAUACUAAAUAAUAAAAAAAUAAUAUUUCAAUUACUUUUUAUAAAAAUAAAAAAAUAAAAUAUAUGAAAUUUUAUCAUUUGAUAUUAUUUAUUUACUAUAUUAAUGAAUUUAAGUUAGAAUAAUAAAUAAUAAAAAAAAAUUUUUAUGAUAUAAGAUAAAAUUUAUAACAAAUAUUAUAUAAACAUAAAAAUAUAUAUUUAUAUAUAAUUGAAUACAACAAACAAAUAUUAUUAUGAAUAAUUUUUAUGAUUAAAAUAAAAACUAAAAAAAUUUUGUGUACAAUGGUUUGUAUGUUUUAAAGGAAAUAGGAAAUAAUUUAGUGCAGGAUGGGACGUAAUAAAGAUUCAGAAACAGAUAGUGUUUUAUCUGAAUUUGAAAAUGAGGUAAAAAACAUUAAAACUACAGAAAGAGAAAAACCAUAUAAAUGUAGUUUUGUUGGAUGCAACCUGGCUUUUUAUAGACCAUCCAGAUUACAAAGGCAUAUUAGAUUUCAUACUGGAGAAAAAAAUUAUAAAUGUAAUUAUCCAGGAUGUGAUAAAGCUUAUACUAAUAAUUGUCAUUUAAAACGUCAUAUGAAGAGCCAUAGCAUAAAAAAAGAAUUAUAUAAGUGUCCAGAAUGCUCAUUAUAUAUUAGUAAUCGAGAUAAUUUGAAACGUCAUUAUAAGAGAAUUCAUGACAGAUUAACUUGUAAAAAAUGUAAUGAAACUUUUAUAAAAAAAUAUCAAUUGAAGAUACAUAUGACAACACAACAUUUAGUUUCAUAUAAGUGCAAUGAGUGUAAUAAAAAUUUUACAAAUUUAACAAAAUUUAAAAGACAUGAAUCAACUCAUAAGAAAAGUGAUAAACAAUAUUCAUGCAAUAUGCCUGAAUGUAAUGAAGUUUUUAAAAAAUGGUUGCUUCUUUGUGCUCAUAUAAAAACUCAGCAUGUACGUGAUCACAAAUGCAAGGAUUGUGAUAAAAUAUUUUUGACCAAACGACACUUAAAAAUUCAUUCAAAAGUUCAUAUGGAAAACAGAUCUGUUUUAUCUUGUCCAUAUGAAAAAUGUCCACGAGUUUAUUAUUUUAGUUGCAAUUUAAAACAGCAUAUACGAACUUAUCAUUUAGGAGAAAAAUAUGAGUGUGAUAUAUGUAAAAUAAAGAUUGUAAAUAAAAAAAGAUUAGCUGAACAUAUUCAGAAAUUACACAUGUCAGAAAAAAGAAUAAAACAAUCAAAAAAAUUGCGCAAAAAACGAAAAGAUGCUGGAUUACCUAAAAAAAGUAUGGUGUCCAAAUUAAUUGGAAUUAAUUUAUCACCAGAAAUAGAAAAGAUGAUAUUAGAAAGAAAAGAAGAUAUAAUAUAUGAGCAAUUUAAAAUGGUACCAAGUGAUGAUUUAGAUUGUGAUUAAUUUUUUUAAUAAAACAAAAAAAAUUAUUUAUGUAUUAAAUUAUUGAUUUGUAGUACUUUUAUAAUUUAAUAUGGACUUUUUUAAUGUAUCAAUAUACCAAUAAAUCUCAGAUAAAGCUAGCUACAAUACUAGCAAAAUAUUGAAA